AUGGCAGGGCCAGUACGACAGCCCAUUGACCUCGCCUCUCUGGAGCGCUACAUCGACAGCAAUGUCCCCGAGAUCAAGACACCGCUCGGGCUGAGGCAGUUCGGGUUUGGCCAAUCGAAUCCUACAUACCAGAUCACAGACGCAACGGGGGCGAAGUAUGUGAUGCGCAAGCGGCCUCCCGGCCAGUUGCUCUCCAAAACUGCCCAUCAAGUCGACCGAGAGUACAAGAUCAUCAACGCCCUGGGCCAGACGGAUGUGCCCGUGCCAAAAGUAUACUGCUUGUGUCAAGACGACAAUGUGAUCGGCACGGCAUUUUAUAUCAUGGAGUUCCUGGAUGGGCGCAUGGUGACCGAGCCACACUUUCCUGGUUUCAGUCCCGAAGAGCGAAGGGAAAUGUGGCAUGAUGCAAUACGGACUCUGGCAAAAUUCCAUCGGGUAGACUUCAAAAAAGUUGGACUCUCGGAUUUUGGCCGUCACGGAAACUUCUACGACCGCCAGCUGAAGACAUUUGGGACACUGUCCAAGGUGCAGGCGGAAGCGGUGGAUGUUGACACGAAGAAGCCCGUGGGAGAGAUACCCCAUUUCAAUGACAUGGUCACAUUCUUCAAGCAAAAGUCGACCCAGCCCAAGGACCGUGUCACGCUGAUCCACGGAGACUACAAGAUCGACAAUCUGGUAUUUCAUAAGACGGAGCCUCGAGUCAUCGGCAUAUUGGACUGGGAGAUGGCCACCAUUGGCCACCCCCUCUCGGAUCUUGUAAAUCUCACGGCGCCCUGGAGCUGGGUAGGACGGAAUCUGGGAACCGCUCACGCCCAAGGCGAAACGGAAGCCUUCAAGGAUGGGGUGACUCCUGGGCUUCCCACACUAGAUGAGGUUGUGCGAUGGUACGCUGAAGCUUCUGGCUAUGACCCGGCGAACGAGCUGGCUUGGGGCAAUGCUUUUGGAGGAUUCAGAGGCGCAAUCAUCAUGCAGGGUAUUGCAGCCAGGUACGCCCGACGGCAAGCCAGCGGCAUGACUGCGAAAAAUUACGGGGCGCAAAUGCCUGCGUACGGUGAGUGGGCGUAUGGCUUGGUAGAGAAGCUCAAAGAGGCAUCGGAGGGGAAAGCGAAGCUAUAA